AUGUCCAACCCGCUGCCGUCAAUGCCUCCGGGCCGCCCUACGGCCAUUCCCAUCGACGCUCCAUCUUCCACCUGGGACCGAAUAACCUCGUGGGUGUCCGACAACAAGGCCGUCGUCUACACCAUCGCCGGGGUCGCCGUCGUCGUCACCGGUGCAGGUGUCGUCUACUAUCUCAACUCCGAUUCCAAACAAAAGGCGGAUUCUACCCCCAAGCUCAGCAAAAAGGAGAGGCGGAAGCGAAAAGAAGCCGAGCGCAAGGCCACCGAGUCCAAGGACAGCCCCGCACCGUCUCAGUCAAAGACCGCCUCGGUCCAGAGCGAGUCGGAGCUCCCCGACAUCAACGAGACGUCGGUCGCCGCCUUCACCCAAGAGCAGCGCGAGGAAUAUGCCGCCAAACUCAAACAGGCCGGAAACAGUGCCUACGGUGACAAGGCCUACAACAAGGCUAUCCAUCUCUACUCAAAGGCCAUCUUGUGCAAGCCCGAUCCCGUCUUCUACGCGAAUCGAGCCGCUUGCUACAGCGCCAUGAGCGACUGGGACAAGGUUGUCGAGGACACCACGGCCGCUAUCAACAUGGACGCCGACUACGUCAAGGCCAUCAACCGCCGCGCCACCGCCUACGAGCAUCAGAAAAUGUACGCCGAGGCCCUCCUCGACUUCACCGCCUCGUGCAUCAUCGACAACUUCAAGAACAACUCGACCGCCGAGGCCGUCGAGAGGCUGCUCAGGGUCUUUGCCGAGCAUAGGGCCAAGGAGUUGAUGGCCUCUAGGCCUCCCAAGCUACCAAGCGCCGUCUACGUCGGCAACUACCUCCAGAGCUUCCGGCCAAAGCCCCGCCCCGAAGGCCUUGAUGACUCGGUCGAGCUCGGCUCGGACACAGGCAAGGGCCAGCUGCAGCUGGGCCUCCAGGCUCUCGAGAAGAAGACGGCCGAGGGGUACGAGGACGCCAGGCUGGCGUUUGAAAAGGCCGUCGAGCUGGGUGGCCUGGAUGAGCACGAGGCCCUGGCCUACAACUGGAGGGGUACCAUGCGAACUCUCCUCGGCAACCACGCCGACGCCGUCAAGGACUUUAACAAGAGCACCGAGCUUGACCCUGCCAUGAUCCAGGCCUACAUCAAGCGCGCCAGCGUCAGUCUGGAGCUCGGGGAGGCUGACAAGGCUGACGCCGAGUUCCUCCAGGCCCUCGAGCAGAGCAAGGACGACCCCGACGUCUACUACCACCGGGCCCAGGCAAACUUCAUCAAGGGCAAUCUGCCCGAGGCCCAAAAGGACUACCAAAAGUCCAUCGACCUGGACAAGAACUUCAUCUUCUCCCAUAUCCAGCUGGGCGUGACGCAGUACAAGCUGGGCUCGAUUGCCUCGUCCAUGGCCACCUUCCGGCGAUGCAUCAAGAACUUCCCCAAGGUCCCCGACGUCUACAACUACUACGGCGAGCUGCUGCUCGACCAGAGCAACUUUGCCGAGGCCAUUGAGAAGUUUGACACGGCCAUGGAGAUGGAGAAGCAGACCAAGCCCAUGUCUAUCAACGUGCUGCCCCUCAUCAACAAGGCCCUCGCCAUGUUCCAGUGGAAGCAGGACUUCAAGGAGGCAGAGAAGCUGUGCCAAAAGGCCCUGAUUAUUGAUCCCGAGUGUGACAUCGCCGUGGCCACCAUGGCGCAGCUCCUCCUGCAGCAGAACAACGUGACCGAGGCCCUCAAGUACUUUGAGCGCGCAGCGGAGCUUGCCCGGACCGAGGGAGAGAUUGUCAACGCCCUUUCCUAUGCCGAGGCGACACGGACGCAGGUGCAGGUAACGCAGAAGUACCCGAAGCUGGCGGCCAAGCUGGCGGGCGGCGCCGGUCCCGGGGCCCCCGGACUCCGAAUGGGCCCUUAG